GUGCAAAUGAGGUUCGACAUUCCAAAAUGGGAAACAUUCAGCCUAGAAGUUAUGACGUGCAAAGCAACAACAGCGGCUUCUCAAUGAUCAAUCAUGAGCCACCGAAAGUAAUAAGAAGUAUGGACACUACGAGCAUACCGACGAGUCAGGUCUAUGAGACCAAGGGUAGCAGUGGAGGAGCGAAAAUGAGGACUAUAGUGGAUAUGCCACCCAGAUCGAAUACUGGCCCUGAUGGACAGCAACAAGAUGAGUUCAAGUUCAAUUAUUAACAAUCUCAUGAUACCUACAGUUUGCGCCGUCGCAUUCUUCGCGGCAGCUAGCGCCCGACCAGGCGGCGGCUACGACCAUCUGGAGUUGGCAGGGUAUGGAGGCGAGCACCAGCUCCUCCAUGGAGGAGGAGGAGGAGGGGGGCACGAGCUCCUCCACGAGGAAGAAGGAGGGUACGAAGGACUGGGAGGAAACGAGCUGGGACACGGGCUGGAAGACGGGGGACACCAUCAUCAAGAAGAAUACGUCGAUUAUCACGCACCAGCUAAAUACCACUACGACUAUGCUGUGCACGAUCUGCACACCCAUGACAUCAAGUCCCAAUGGGAGACUAGAAACGGCGACAAAGUCAAGGGAGAAUACACCCUGGUGGAACCUGACGGUUCUAGGAGGAUAGUCUCAUAUACGGCCGACAAACACACCGGAUUUAAUGCCGUCGUCAAGAAUGUGCACGAUUACUAGACCUGGAUCUAGAUUUCCAAUAUGACGCUCCGAUCGUACACUGAAGAACUAGUAGGUAUGUUUGGAUCUAGGGAUGCAUUUACACCACCAAUUGGAAUAACGUAUUUAUCAGACUCAGUUUUGACUAUUUUUUUUUUUGAAGUUUGAAGAACAGUAUUUCGACAAAGCAUUUAUUGUCGUGUAGAUUCAUGGUUCGAACAUAUUUUUUUUUCGUGUACAUACAUAGUUCAAUUGACCUAGUUUUUUUCGAGAACUUAAGAGAACUUGUUGAGUUGGACUAUGUCGGAGUGUUUUAUUUAUGGUUCUGAAUCAGUAUUCAGUUUUGGAAUUGUCAGAGAUUACUAAUAUCAGUAUGAUUUUUUACUAUCGUUGAUGCUGGUUUCUCUGGAAUUUCGAAACGGUUGUUUUUUGUUUUGUAUUUUAAAUAGUUAGCCAUGAUUUCACUCAAAACUAGUAAGAUACCCUUUUUGUGUUCUCACUUUUCAUUCAUUACUUCACACAUUUUUUAUUUUCUUAUUUAUAUAGGUAUAUUAAUUUAUGUCAAAUGAUACUCAAGCGUAGGUAUGUUAUAAUGUAUAUGUAUAUAAAAUUUUAUGUACUUACUUACUAUCUGCUUAUAAUAAUAAAAUGUUAUUUUUUUAAUCCAAGUUUUUAUUUAUCAAACAAAAUCUAUAACGAUAAAAGUGUUCUGCAAACUGUCCACCGAGUAGUUAUAGUUUCUUUUACAACAUUUUUUUUAUAUCAUCACUCCUCAUUUCUAUAAAUGGAAAUUUAAUGAUUUUCCCCAAAAUGUCGAUGCGUUGAAGAAUAUAACUAUAAAAAAACCU